AUGUCUGCUCAAUCACUACCUCAAACAACUUCAAGGCGACUUCCGACAACUUAUCAUUCAGUUCACCCUGGUUUUUAUGCAAGAAAACAACAAAUUCUAGCUUCUUUAAUAGACCCAACAAUUACUCGAACUGAUAAUAAUAAUAAUGUUAACAAAUACUCUUCAUCUAAAGUUUCUUCUCCAUUAAUCGAUGAACCAAUUUUUCCUAUAAUUGAAUUAAUUAACAAACAUGAAGAUUAUACCGUAACGAGUAGUUGUUCUGGUAAAAUUUCAAUUAUUUCUACCUGUUCUAAUAAUAAUAAAUGUAAAACUUCAAAGAAAUCCAUCUCCGGCAAGGUGGAAUCUUUAACUACAUCUGGUAAUAUUAAUUAUGGUGAACCUGAAACUGGAGUUGUUUAUAAACAUCAAAAUGAUUUAGAUGAUGAUGAUUCAUCUUUAAAAUUUGGAGGUGGUGGUGGAAAAUUAUUAUUUAUCGCUCAUUCGAAAAUUAAUUUACCUAAAGAAAAAGAUUUAAUUAACAAUUUUUUAUUGAAAUUGAUUUUUGCUGAUGAUUUUGAGAAUGUAAUAACUUCUAAUAAUGAAAGUUAUGAUUUAUCACAAAAUAAUAAUUAUAACUUGAUUUAUUUCAAAUUCGAUCCAAUGAUUUUACAUGCUGAAGCUCGUACUUUAGAUGCUGCAAAAAAUCUUGUUAAUUUGGCCGUUGAAAUCGGUUACCGUGAUUCUGGUCUAUUGACUACCUCAAAAAGGCAUAUGGUAGCAAUUCGUGAUUCUAUGAAACUUGAAACUCCAAUUGCGUAUUUAAAUUUAUCAACUCAAAAAAUUCAUCUUUUGGUUGAAUUAUCUUAUUUGAAUUUACUUAUUAAUCUAAGUAAUCAAAAUUUUGAUGAAAUUCUAAGGAAAAUUAAUGAUUUAUUAAGUGCGCUUGAUAAUAAUCUUUUUAGAGGUAUGGGAAGUGGUGACGAUGGUGUUAAAAAAUUAUCAAAGGAUGGUGGAAAAACUUGGGAUAAAGAAGAAAGGAGAGAACGAAAAAGAAGAGAUGUAUUAUCUAGACAGAUUGGAUUAAGAAAAAGUGGUACUUUAAGCGAUGGAAAUGAUGGUGAUGUGUCAACUGUUGAUGACGAAAGUCAAGGUUUAGAUAAUUUGGAUAAUGUGUGA